UUGCGGUUGCCCCCACAGUUUCUCGCAGUCGUAGACCCUUUCUAAAUGGCCAUUUACUACUACCAACCUUCUUUUGUCUCCCCCGCGUACUCUUUUCCUCAGUCCUCUGUUCCCACUUAACAAAAAUGUCGCCAACCCUGCAACGUAUUGUAUCCGCCAGCCUUCAAAGUCCUUUCCAGUGAUGUUCCGAAGUUCAAUUCUAUAAAUUCUAUGGUCCAUGUCCGUUUAUUCGUAUCAAAAUCGACUUCUGGUGGUGGGUUUUUUCUUGAGUAAAGGUGUUUGCGAUAGAAAUAAAAUAAAGGGUCUGAACACCAUGGCUGAGUUGAUUAAAGUUUCUGGUUUCAAUGGUGGUGAUAAUGAUGAAGGUAUUAGGGUUCAAAAGGAAGCCUUCGUUAAUGGGCCAUCCAAGUGUCUUCGAGAGUUUAUGGCUGAUGGACUGGAAUCUACUCUCAAUCGAAUGAGCAAGUGGCUUGUAGUUGCUCUUUUUGGUGGUAUCAUUCUUUGGCGGCAUGAUUCAGAAGUCUUGUGGGCUUCUAUGGGGUCUCUUCUAAAUUGUAUACUCUCUAUUGUACUUAAAAGGAUUCUAAACCAAGAGAGGCCUGUUUCCACUUUGAGAUCUGACCCAGGGAUGCCAUCAUCACAUGCACAAUCUAUCUUCUUCACUGUUGUGUUUACCAAUCAUUCAAUCAUGGAAUGGCUAGGAACAAAUAUAUUUACAGUAACCAUCAGUGGUCUUGCCUUGGCAUUUGGUUCAUAUCUUUCAUGGCUACGGGUCUCACAACGGUUUCAUACUAUAAGCCAAGUUGUUGUGGGUGCUGUCUUGGGAUCCAUCUUCUGUAUUUUGUGGUCAUGGUCGUGGAAUGCUUAUGUUCUAAAAGCAUUUAUUUCCACUUUAUGGGUUCGAAUAGUUGUUGUUGUGGGAGCUGCUGUUUGCCUGGAUUUUCUUGUACAUGCGGUUCGUUUUUCGCUUAGGGAUGAGGAGGAAUUCCUUAGAUAAACUCAUGAAAACCAAGCUUCACUCAAUCUUAGUCAAAAUACCGAGAAAAAGUAUGCUGAGUUCUCUAAAUAGAUGGAUAUAACUUUGCAAUAUGAUGCCUUAGUUUACUACAAUUUUUGUAAUAUACCAUAAGUAGCUUAAGUAAUGAAACA